AUGUCGGGUACCCACUGGUGGCACUCUCACGCUGGCCUCCACCGUGCCGACGGGAUAUUUGGUUCGGUAAUUGUUCGGCAAUCACCGGAAUCCGAUCCCCACCGAACGUUGUACGAGCAUGAUGAUCCACACCACGUGAUUAUUAUCAAUGAAUGGUCAAAGGCCACCGCCACGACGAUUUCUACUGCUGGACAGAGCGGUGUAGAGAUUGAUCUAAAUGAUGGAAUAUUGAUAAACGGAAGAGGAACAAAUCAACAACUCAAAAACUCUGAAAACAUCACUGCAUCAGUCGAUCAUCAUGUUGUGUAUGUCCUUCCAGGCAUGACGUAUCGCUUCCGGGUUAUAAGUGCGGCCAGUGACAUUUGCCCGUUGACUAUCUCUGUUGAUAAUCAUCGGUUGAAGGUGAUAGCAAUGGAUGGCGCCCCAGUGAAUCCAGUCGAUGUUGACAUGAUCACCGUCUUUUCUGGAGAGAGAUAUGAUUUUGUCCUAAAUGCUGACCAGGAGACUACUAAUUAUUGGAUACGGGUUGCUGGCGAGAUGACUUGUGUACAACAUCAGGAGCUUGGCAUUUUGCGCUAUGCAGGUACACCUUCCGGUACCAGACCAAAGAGUGAUAAGAAUCUUAGAGCACAAGGCAAGGUUCUCAAUUCACUGACGUCACUCCGUGGUCCUGAUACGGUAAUUGUGGCCGAUCUCGUCGACGCAGAAGAAAAGCAGGAUGACCUAAGCCACGCUGGUGUCACUCACUUCCUUGAACUGGCCGUCGUCCUUCGCAACGGGGCAAAAUCCCUUUACCAUCCUAUCUUUUACCCCUACGAACGAGCUGGCCGCCCCGAUACCUUCAGCGGUGACUCGAAUCUUCCCGUCAUCAACAACAUUACCAUGAAGAUCCCUGGGGCGACCUUGCUUUCCAACUGGCAAGAAGUCGACGAGGCGCUCUGGUGCAACGAGGACUCGCUGCGGGCAGCGGGUAAAGACUGCUCACGAGAGGCAUGCGAAUGCCUACAUCGGAUAGACAUCAAGUACAAUAAGGUAGUAGAGCUGGUCUACAUCAACAACGGACCUGGGAUCCAUCCAAUGCAUAUACAUGGUCACUAUCUAGAUAUCGUAGGCAUGGCUAAAAUGGGGGACAAUUUCACUACAGAGGAAUUUAAACGGCUCGAUGCUGAAGGUCAAAUCAGACGAAACCUGAAGAAUCCGCCUCGUAAGGAUACCAUUAUGAUCCCAGCAGGGGGGUACGUGAUAGGGAGAUUCAGAGCUGAUAACCCUGGCUGGUGGCUGAUGCAUUGUCAUUUUGACACCCAUUUUGCGCUGGGUAUGGCGAUGGUGUUUCAUGUUGAGGGACCACUUCCCACGUAUCCAAACUCUAUGCCUUCUUGCAACUGAUAUCCGUGACAAAUGUGCUUUUCUACACCCGCAAAAACUUCCCUGACCCCGGGCUCUAGGUGGGGCUUAAUUGUCAUCGCUCGAUGUAUGCCCUUUGGGCAAAGGAGCCAUCUCUGUUGAUUGAAUGCUACGAUUCAUAUAACAUAUAUUUUUUCUUGUUAUUACUGGUAUUGCUUGCAUUGAUUAGAGUGACACAAAUAGGAUUAAUUGAAAUUAAUCUGUAUUCUUGAUCUUUAGUUUUGAAGAGAUUCAUACUAUGUACUUAAUGAACAUUGAAUAAUUUUUGCUGAUAGUUUCAGUGAGUCUAAGGUUCAUAAGUCAGCACGAGUUAACAUAAAUAGUAUCAUUAUUGAUUGAUUAGUUAACCAAUUUGUGUAUAACUUUGUUUCAUAUAUUUUACAUAAUAUAUGACGUCACAAAUCAGAAACUUGAAAUUAUAAUAACUACCUCAAUCUUUGACGUGUGUCUGUCUGAUCAGAGUUCCCGACCAGAGGCACCGAAAGCAAUUAUUAGAAAAGCCUGUUCCUAAUGUAUCUGACUAGUAAGUUUAUAGUUAGAUAGGAAUGUUUUGUCUACAAUCUGCAAGACAAAUCCAAUGAAGAACAUGUUACCGCCCUCUCACACGGUAUCAAAAUCGUAAUUUUAAUGAUGAUUCCAGUGAAAAAUAACUGUAAUGACGAAGUUUUAGCACGUGUGAAAGCAAACUAGAAUCACAAACGCUAAUCCCAAUCACGAAUUCAAAUUCUACUCCAGAGGUGAAUUCCAGGUAAGUUUCAAACAAAUUACAGUACGAAUUUUACGUCUGAAAGGCUUGACCUCGAAAACAUCUUUAGGGGGGCGGAGCUUACGUGACCUUUCAAGCACUUCCGUAGAUUAUACAAUUGUCAUGCACUCAUUGUAAUUUUUGAUUGCGAUGCAGUGCUUUGAUUGACAAGUCACCAAGGACACAAUACCGAAUUCAAAUCACAGUUUUCGAGUGAACGUGUGAAUGGUAUGAUGAUUCUAAAGACGAAUUGCAUUUAUCAUUACAAUGAUGAUUCAAGAUUCUCGUGCGAAAAGGCCCUACAUAUUUCAUAUUUUUAUAUUUUAUGUUAUUACGGGGAAAGGCAGAAAUAAAUGUUGCAAUACUUAUUGAAAUAUCAUUUGAAAAUACUCGACUAGCCGCAUGUGGCCACAACUGCGACAUGACAAAUAGAUAUAUUCCCUUAAACUAAAAAAAAAACUUACAUCCGGUCCCUAAAUUGAGAGAUUUGCUUAGUUACAGUUGUGGGUUGAUUGGUUUGACGAUUUUUUUACUGUUUCAUUUGAUUUAUUGUAUUUUGAGUUGCGCUUAUUUUUCCCCUUGUUAUGUAAUGUACUUUGUAUGGAUUAGUUUUUUAUGUAUUAUGUUUUUUAUUGUCUAUAUGUCACGGUGCACUCGUCACAAGCAAUGCUUACAGAGUUGCAACCUCCAUUGUAUUGUUAAAUUUUAGAAAUUGUAUUAAUGCUUUUAUCUUUGGAAAUAAAUGUUGUUCAAUUGAAAACUAA